UGAAACCAAAACAGGAGAAUUAAACGAUACCAGUGAGGUAAAUAUAGAAACAGUAAGCAAGUUUAACCUCUUUCUGCGAGUUAUUUUGCGACCGCGAGCUGAUUCCUACUACAGCGGCGCCGACAAGUGCCUGGGCCUGGCACUGCACUGGCCCGCCAUCUAUUGACCGUCGCCGGCACCACGCCUGGCACCAACACCUCAAACAGAAUUUCUCACGCGGUGCAUGUGUCGGACAGAUACAGAGAUAUUUUUAUAAGGAAAUAUUGGGAAUGUAAAUGCGGUCCUUCACGUUAUUUGUCUUCCUCAGCCCAAGCCUCCCGCGGGCCACGGCUGGCUCUCCCCUUGGCGGCGCUGGCAGCCGCUCUGCGCCGGCUCACUCCAGCCGCUGAUGGGAAAAGCAGGUUGCCGUUCCUUUAAUCUUGUUCCGUGAAUGAGUGGGACUGACGCGUCUCGCUGCCGCCUCAAAACAAUAUUCGUGUGGCGAGGAAGCGCCAUGACCGGUUCUGGCCGCCGUGGAGGGCCAGGCGAGGGCUAGGUAAGCGCGGCUAGAAGGGCAUCCGGCGAGCCGCGGGGCCUCCCCUCACCCACAUUGUGUGCCAUUGAUCGCGGCUGCAGUAGUGUCCCCUCGGUCAGUGCGAGCGGUGACAGUGACAGUGUAGUGAGGCAGUGAUGGCAGUGUGUUGUGCAUGGCAGUGAUGAUUAUGGUGGCAUGUCUCGUGACGUGUAUGGUGGAGGUGGUGGGGGAGGCGGGGUGCCGAGCAGCCGGUCGCCCCGGCCCCAGCGUCGCGACCUGAACUCCGACCCUUACUACCUGGACCAGGGCGGCCACCACCGCGCCCACAGCCCACAGCCGUCAGCAGCCGCGCGCCGCAGCCGCUCCGCCACCCGCGCCGCCUCCCCGACCCUGGCGUUGGACCACGGCGGGCCAUACAUGGACCCCCACGCCACCAUGGAAGCGGACCGCCGCAGCGGAUCUGCACCAGGUACCCACCACCGCAGCCGCAGCCAGAACAGAAGUAACGUGGGCCGCAACUACCACUCUUUGGACCGUGAGGUGCACGACCGCGAGUUUAUGCCCAUCCGCGACCCCCGCGACCGCAGCAUGGAACGCGGGGGCGCCAUGGACCUCCACGGGGUGCAGGGGGGCCACAUGACCCGCCGUGACCGCUCGCUUGACCGGGGCCCCAUGCUCGAGGACGACCUGUACCGGGACCACCACUCAAUGGGCCGGUCGCGGGCCAGCCCCAACCCUGACCUGGGGGGGCGCCAUGGCCAGGCCGGGCUGGGCAGCAUGACCCGCGACUCGUACUUCUCCGAGGUACAGAUGCACAAUACUGACCUCCAAAAAGAACUCGGAAACCUAAAAAAAGAACUAGAACUGACCAACCAGAAACUAGGCUCGUCGAUGCACUCGAUAAAGACCUUCUGGUCUCCCGAACUAAAGAAGGAGCGGGCCCUCAGGAAGGAGGAGAGUGCCAAGUACUCUCUCAUCAACGACCAGCUGAAGCUCCUCAACUCCGAGAACCAGGUAAGCACCGCCCCUCGCUCCCCGGCAUGCCGCCCUUGUUGUUGUAGUUAGCAAGAAAUUGCCCGCCAU